AUGCAUCUCCCCUCCCUCCUCGGAGCAAUCACGCUCCUAAUCGCCUCAACCUGGGCCGACUCCCUCCCCUCCUCAACAGAAAUCUUCUACUGGCCCGUCGGCGCCACUCAACCCUCCGUCCUCGCCCGCGUCGCCUACGAUCCAACCUCCCUAAAAUCCAACGUCCUAGCCUACAACCCACCCAAACCCAAUCAAGCCGAUGACCUCGUCCGUCUAGGACUCUACACCGCGACCCCGACGAACCCGAAACAAUGGACGGGAAGCUUGGUCUCGCUUUCGUCGCUGGCGGGCGCGGAGCAUCCGCCCACGUUGCGCCUUCAUUUGGGUCCGGCGAGUGAGGUUUAUCAUGUGUCGCUGGCGGCAUUCGAGCCUGUUUCUGCGAAGACUGGUGAGCCGAGUGUGGAGCUUGUUGCGAGUGAGACUGGGGCGCAGCCGCAUUUGAAUCGGCCGGUCGUCGUGGGUCCUGAUGGUGGGAAUGCGGAGGAGGUUCCUGAGAAGACUCUGUUUCAAAAGUACUGGUGGGUGCUUCUGAUCAUGGUGUUCUUGACGAUGUCGGGUGGUGGUGGAGAGGGACAAUAG